GGAAGAUACAUGCUAGUGUCAUCGGUAAAAGCCUUUGGAUCGGCAAUCCUGACCGUUCGUGUUGGUGCAAGUUAGGGAGUUCUUACGCAAUAAGCCAAUUAACACAAAGCUACUAGAUAUCAGAUACUGUGCGAUAUACGAUUUCCAGUUUUGCUGCAGCAUAAAUACUCGCAAGCAUUCAACACUGUGUAGAAAUACGGUAUCAAUUGGGCGCUGUUGGCCUGUUGCCUGUAGAAGCGUGGUCAUUGACCACCGCGGACAGCAAUAACGACAUGAGCAAAUAGUCUUAUGUAGCUCUGGGUCAGAUCGCGGAUCAAAAGGCCAGGCAUUCGCAAUGGCAGGCAGGUCUGUGGAGCCAGGCGUCAGCCUGCUGACAGCUGGAGAGAUCCGCGUGGCUGUGUUGCCCGUGGGCCAUGUCCCACGCGACGUGUUGGACGAGUACAUCGACCUCAUGAACAAGUACCACCACGUCUCCCUCUCCGCCACCCGCUCCUUCUACCGAGAGAGCCCCGCAGCGCUGCAGGCGGCGGCAGCAGCAGCAGGGGGAGGCGGGGCCGGGGGCGGGGGCGGCCCGGGGGGUGCCCCCCAGCCCGCAUUCCAGUUGCUGGACUGGAGCAGCGCCUACAUGCACCUGCGCUUCCUGCAGGCUGAUGACGCCCGGCGCCGCUCCCGGGUCCCCGAGUUGCACCCGGGUCGGCAGGUGCUGGCGGUGCUGGGGGUGGUGUACUGCCCCAUGUGCGCUAGCGUGCAGCAGGCCUACGAGGAGUUCAAGCGCCUGUGUCGCUCCUUCCCCGAGGCCUUCGUGGCACGGUGUUUCGUGUUCGAACCCAGCGAGGAGCACAUCCGGCAGGAGCGCGACUGCCAGCAGCUGCCCGACCUGGUUAUGUUCCCGCCGGGCGGUCCCUCCCACCUGGUGCAGCACCUGGAGGUGUGGAUGCACGACCUGGCGGCCGCACUGCUGACGGAAUUUGAAAAGUGGAUCCUGACCGCCCCGCCGGGGCUCAUGAAGCUCAGCGGAUACGCGGAUUCAGCCGAGUUCACGGGCGCCGUGGCGGUGCUGGACGAGAUGCAAAAGCGGUUGGCGGCGGUUGACAGCGAGAGCCGCGAGAAGCAGCGCUGGGGGCGGCUGCUCAAGAUGCGGGGCGACAUGUGCUUGCUGUGCGGGUCACCUCGGGACGCGGCGGAGAAUUACAGGGCAGCUCAGGAGGUGGCGAGGGCGUGUGGCGACUGGGUCUGGUACGGCGCCGCGCUGGAGGGCAUAGCGGCGGCUCGGGUGCAGGAAGUCAUCACCUCCGGUGUGGUUGAGUUGGCGGGAGGGGCGGGCGGCGGUACGGCAGUGACAGGCGGCAGCAGCAGCUACAGCUACGGCAGCAGCAGUAGCACCUACCAUCAAGCCGGCACGAGCAGUAGCGGGGGGGCUCGUGGGGCCAGCAAGCCGCAGCCUGCCCUGCAGCAGCAGCAGCAGCAGCAGCAGCCGUCACAGACGCGGAAUCGGGAUGGCGG